AGUUGAAACUUGAAUUGGCGAGGCGGGGCGGAGAGAGUGAGAAUGGAAGAGAAAGAUGAAGAUGAAGUGGUGUCAUGUUCUUCUUCUUCCGAUGAGGAAUACGAAGAAUGUUCCUCUCCGGCGGACGACCAACGCAAAUCGCAGAAUGUGGAUGCUCUCCUCAGGGGCAACCUCAUAGUUAAGAGGCAGUCACUGCUACCUCGAGUUCUAUCAGUGGGAGGAGCAGGUGCUUGUAGAAAGCCCUUUAAACCUCCGUCGUCCAAUCACACUUACGAUAAUGAUAAUGCGCUUACCCGUCGCCUUUCCGCCCGCAAGAGGUUUGUCCCUUGGGGUUCUUCUACUUGUUCACUCCGACCCCCUCUCUUGGACUUGAACGCAAAUGAAAAUGCAAGCUCCUUUCACCUUGCCGACGACCAGCCUCACCACAAAAUCGAACUUCCUUUGCCCCCUGGGAUUGAUCCUCUCAUACUCUGGCGCCCCCUCGACGAGAAUCAAACAUCCAAUUUAACCACCAUUGCAGUUGACCCGUUGCUUGUUCGUUUCCUUCGUCCACAUCAGAGAGAAGGAGUUCAGUUCAUGUUUGAUUGUGUCUCUGGCCUGUGUAGCGCAGACAAUAUAGAUGGAUGCAUUUUGGCUGAUGAUAUGGGUUUGGGGAAGACAUUGCAGUCAAUUACAUUACUAUAUACUCUAAUUUGCCAAGGAUUUGAUGGGAAUCCACUGGUUAGAAAGGCUAUCAUUGUAACUCCUACCAGCCUUGUCAGCAAUUGGGAAGCUGAGAUCAAGAAGUGGAUUGGAGAAAGAGUUCGUCUUCUUGCUCUCUGUGAAACCACUAGAGAAGAUGUUCUCUCUGGGAUUGACAAGUUUACAAGGCCCCACAGCACUAUACAGGUGCUCAUUGUUUCGUAUGAGACAUUCCGAAUGCAUUCGUCAAAGUUUAGCUCUAGUGGCUCUUGUGACCUCCUUAUCUGUGAUGAGGCUCACAGACUAAAGAAUGAUCAGACGAUAACAAACAGGGCAUUGGCAGCUCUUCCAUGUAAACGUAGAAUUCUAUUGUCAGGAACUCCUUUGCAGAAUGACUUGGAGGAAUUCUUUGCAAUGGUUAAUUUUACUAAUCCUGGAAUACUGGGUGAUAUUGCCAAUUUUCGACGUUACUAUGAGGCUCCAAUCAUCAGUGGAAGAGAACCAAAUGCCACUACAGAAGAGAAGAAGCUAGGUGCUGAACGCUCUGCAGAAUUAAGUGCCAAAGUAAAUCGGUUCAUAUUAAGGAGGACUAAUGCAUUAUUAUCUAAUCACUUGCCACCAAAGAUAGUUGAAGUUGUUUGCUGCAAGUUGACUCCCUUACAGUCCGACCUUUACAAACAUUUUAUACAAUCCAAAAAUGUUAGACGUGCAAUUAAUGAAGAACAGAAGCAAUCCAAGAUCUUGGCCUACAUAACAGCUCUCAAAAAGCUAUGCAAUCAUCCAAAGUUGAUCUACGAUACCAUAAAGAGUGGGAGUCCCGGAAAUUCAGGUUUUGAAGACUGCCUUCGAUUCUUUCCUCCACAAAUGCUAUCUGGAAGGUCUGGCUCACGGACAGGAGAGCAUGGAGCUUGGGUCGAGCUAUCUGGGAAAAUGCAUGUCUUAGCAAGGUUACUUGCUCAUUUACGUCAGAGGACAACUGAUCGCAUUGUCUUGGUCUCAAACUACACUCAGACUCUCGAUCUUUUUGCGCAAUUGUGUCGGGAACAAGGGUACCCUUACCUGAGGCUUGAUGGUGCUACAUCAAUAAAAAAAAGGCAGAAGUUGGUCAACUUCUUUAAUGACCCAUCUAAGGACGAAUUUGUUUUUCUGUUAAGCAGCAAGGCUGGUGGUUGUGGACUCAAUUUGAUUGGUGGAAAUCGACUUGUGUUGUUUGAUCCUGACUGGAACCCAGCAAAUGAUAAACAAGCUGCAGCAAGAGUCUGGAGGGAUGGACAGAAGAAAAGAGUAUAUAUUUAUAGAUUUUUGAGUACUGGAACAAUAGAAGAAAAGGUCUACCAGCGUCAGAUGUCAAAAGAAGGGUUGCAAAAGGUCAUUCAGAAGGAGCAAACUGAUAGCCUUGCGGCACAGGGUAACUUCCUUUCAACAGAGGAUCUUCGCAAUUUGUUCACCUUUCAUGAGAAUGCCAAGUCGGAGAUUCAUGAAAAGAUGUGUUGCACUCGAUGUCAAACAGAUGAUGCACCUCAAACUACUGAAAAGAAAUAUGCAGCCCCUGAUUGUGAAUCUGAUGAAGAAACCACUGACAUAGGUGGAUUUGCAGAAAUUGCUGGCUGCUUAGAGAAGUUAAAAAGGUCAGAAAAGCAGGUGGGGACACCAUUGGAAGAAGAUUUAGGCAGUUGGGGCCAUCACUUUUCCUCGGCUUCUGUACCGGAUGCCAUCCUUCAGGCUUCAGCUGGUGAUGAGGUGACCUUUGUGUUCACAAAUCAAGUUAAUGGACGGCUGGUACCUAUUGAAUCUACAAGCAGUUCCGCACCGCGGCAAAAGGAAACUAAUAAGGAAUUACCCAAGUUAAAGCUUCGCUUCACACGAAAGCCCGCUAUUUUUUCUGAGGAUAAUAAUAAAUUGUCACUGCGGUCCGUUUCUGGUGUUGCUUGUGCAUCAUCUUCCUCUCCCAAUACCUUUAAAAAGGAAAAACUGCAUUCUAUUGGAAUUACCAAGGGCAUCUCAACGAAUGUAGCAGCAUUUAAGACCGAUUACUCCGUUGUAAAUAAAUCACCACCACAGAAAAGAUCACGUCCUGCAAAUGUCGAUACCCAAUAACGAUGAUAAAUAUGUUAUAAGCUCAGGUUUUUUC